CUUUGAUUCGUAAGGCGACGGAGCUGCAACACCGACCUGUCGAGUACAUCUAAUCCUCCCAUGUUAAUCUUUUCAUAAAUCGCGGCCUCCAACACAGGCCGAACACCGAUUUGACAAUGCAUUUGUCGCUCCAAGCGCUCUCCGUAUCUAUCUUGCUAGCAUUACCCGCUACUGUGCGCGCGGUGUUCCAAGAUGAGGUCGGCCACAUAGAUUACCACCACGAGCUGCUCGGCGUGCCGCAACGCGAAACCACAUUCUUCCACCGACCGAGACGAGAAGAGAAAGCAAGCCUUCUCUAUACUUUGAGCGAUCUAGGUGUACUCGGAGCCGUCAAUCCUUCUACCGGCGCUAUAGUAUGGCGUCAUCUGUUGAAUGGCAACAUCACUAACGGCGGAGGACACUUGAGGGCCGGCGAAGAUGCUACAUGGGUAGCCAGUGCUCUGGGUAGCUCCGUAAACACAUGGGAUUCUAUGACAGGGCGUAAUGUUUGGUCCUUGAACUUUGAUGGCAAGGUAAAGGAUCUCGAGAUCAUGGAGCUGACAGAGCAUGGCCAAAAGGACAUCCUGGUGCUCUUCGAAGAGCAAGGGUGUAUAGUCGCCAGGAGGAUACAUGGAAACGAGGGACACGUUGUUUGGGAGUUCAGGGAAGUCACCGGCGACAUCCCUCUUCAGGUCAGCACCAACGCGGAGAAGGUCUUUGUCAUAAGUCUGCAUGGCACACUUCUCUCGUACAACCUGAAAGUAGCAGUUUUGGAUACAUUGACUGGAAAGAAACUGGACGAGAUUAGUAUUGGCACAAAGGGCGAGGUCCAGGGCGAGCAGGAUGUCAUUAUGGUAGGCGCCAACUCAGCUGCCCCAAUCGUCGCGUGGACAGACAAUACCUUCACCAAACUCAAGAUCAACGUACUGGGCACCAAGAACAAGCAGGAAUUUCCCCUUGUUGGCGAAACGACCAGCGUGGAGAUCCACGCUCCUCACCUUAUUCAGUCUCAACCACAUUUCCUCGUACAGAGCCGAACCAAGCUGGCCAACAAGGCCGACGUUUUCCACAUUGACCUUAAGAGCAAAGCAAUCACCAAAGCAUAUGAUUUGCCCCUGCUCGAUGGAGAAAGCGUGUUCUCAACGAGCUCAUCUGCUUCCAACGUCUAUUUCACACGCGUGACUCCCAACGAGGUCAUCAUCACGUCAUCUAUGUCGCAUGGCAUAUUGGGUCGCUGGCCUUUAUUGGCCGGGGAUGUCAAACUAGAGGCCCUGCAUGGUGUCUCAGAGGUCAUCAAGAAAUCCGAAGACAGCUUUGCGGUACGAACGGCUAUUGUCACUGAUUCGGAUGACUGGACUCUUAUUCGCAAUGGCGAAGUGGCAUGGACUCGAUUCGAGGGAUUGAGUGGUGCUGUUGUAGCGACCUGGGCAGAAAUACCUGAGUCUGAAGAUCUGGCGAAGACUUUGGAUGCCGAAGCUCAUAGCAACCCUCUCUCGGCAUACAUUCACCGUGUGAAGCGUCACGUCAAUGACCUUCAAUACCUGCCGGCAUUCCUACAGUCCAUUCCUGGACGUCUUCUGAGCAGCAUUGUUGGCUCGGAUAUCCUAAAAAGUGACACUGCACUCACUCGGGACAGCUUUGGUUUCAACAAACUGGUCGUCUUGGCCACGAGACGGGGCAAGCUCUACGGCCUUGAUGCCGGCAACCAGGGCCAUAUCGUCUGGUCGAAGACUGCACGAGAGACACCUUCUACAAAACCCUGGGAUGUCAAGGUCAUUCAUGCUGAUGACACGAAAGGCUUUGUGACUGUUCGCGGAGCCAAUGGUGAAUACAUUAUUGUCAGAUCUGACACUGGCAAGACUGUUGAGUCCAUGCCUGCGGGUAUGUGGCCCCCUCUGCAGAGCGCAGCUCUUGUCGACAGUGCCGCCGGACCGUGGCUUCUACCGAUCGGUAUCAAUGGCAAGAUUGGUGAGAUCCCCCUUCAGUGGGCUCCCAAACAAACCGUUGUCGUACGAUCCGGCAGCAAUGAAUUGUGGGGGGUCACUUUCGAACCCAAAGACGACCAGCAAGCUAUCGAAGUCCCAGCGUGGAGCUUCACACCACCGGCUGGUCAAAACAUUGUUAAUGUGGCGACUCGAUCAACCCAUGACCCCGUCGCAUCCAUAGGUCGUGUGUUGGGAGACCGCAGUGUGAAGUACAAGUAUCUCAAUCCCAACACGAUUGUGGUGUCUGCCAUUGACGAGAAAGCGGCUUCUUUAUCCGUCUAUCUCCUGGACUCGGUAUCUGGACAGAUCUUGAAUUUUGCAACGUAUGAAGGAGUUGACCCAAACAAAGAAGUUACUUGUGUCAUAAACGAAAACUGGUUCGCUUGUUCGUUCUUCGGCCAGUACAUGAUACGAGAUGCGCAAGCACAAUCAUCUCUCAAGGGUUACCAGCUCGUAAUCACUGAUCUGUACGAUUCGGAUCUCACAAACGACCGUGGACCUCAAGUCUUCUCGUCUCUUGACCCCGUCGAUACGCCUACGGGCCCUAUUCUGCCUUCGGCCGUUUCAAAGACGUUCAUUGUAUCGGGUCCGAUCAAUGCUCUUGCUGUCACCCAGACCAGACAGGGCAUCACCACGCGUCAGCUGUUGGCUUAUGCGCCCAACGAUCAUUCUAUUGUUGGCAUCCCGCGACAAGUCAUUGAGCCCCGUCGCCCCGUGGGCCGGGAUCCAACCCCUGCUGAGCUUGAGGAAGGAUUGAGCAAAUACUCUCCAGUAAUCGAACUGGAUUCGAGGAUGAUGAUCACUCACCAGCGCGAUGUGAUAGGGGUUGAAAAGAUAAUCACAGCACCAGCAAUAUUGGAGAGCACGAGUCUGGUGUGCGCUUAUGGAAUCGACAUAUUCGGAACGAGAGUCGCACCGAGUUUCGCAUUCGAUAUUCUAGGCAAGGGAUUCAACAAGGUGUCACUCGUUGGUACAGUUAUUGCAUUGAGCAUUGGUGUAUUGGCUUUGGGCCCUAUGGUUCGAAAGAAGCAGAUAAACAUGAGGUGGCAGACGAUCGGAUAAAGCACCGGGACGAUUGUGUAUGAUGCAGGUAGAUUUUCAAUACGAUAUAACUUCUUCAAGGCCUUGGUAUACUGCCCAUGGGAGGCUGAAACAAAUGAACCAACAAUCAGGGAGCAGUCUCCUCUCCGGUGCCCAUCGAGUCAUAUAACAACCGCUUCAAGCGCUGUCGGCCAGUUUUGAUGUGUGCUCAAAAGGAUACUACCCCAAUCAUAGGAAGCUCUGCAUACCCCAUUUAUGCAAACAACCACAAUUUCGUUUUCGCCUCGUG